CCGACAUUCAGUUGUAACAAAGCGGUAUAUUGAACUUGGAAGUUGUAUUCCGUUUCCUACAUCAGAGAGAUCAAUUAGUAUUUUAAUUUUAACGAACAAAGAUCGUAAGGUUUCAUUGCCAAAAAGUCUCUGAAACACGAAAUAACACGUAAAUCCAUUGAUCAUUAAAGCAAUUCACGCUUCACGAGAACUUCGACAAAGAAUAGACUGACGAAAAAUGAAUGAAGACGAGAUUUUAUCUGUAGGAAUCGCUGACUUACCAAAUCAAAGACACAAAAUCGUGUCGCGUAAUGGAGCUGCUUUGACACUUAUGCUUUGUGGUGAAUCGGGACUCGGUAAAACGACGUUUUGCAAUACAUUGUUUUCUACUUCUAUUAAGCCCCAUAUGGACAUUGAGACGCGUCGCUCUAAACAUAUGGAGAAAAGCGUGGAAAUCGAAAUUACCAAAGCGGAAUUAGAAGAAAAGAAUUUUCAUUUGAGACUUACUAUGAUUGAUACUCCAGGAUUUGGAGAUUUUAUUAAUAAUACUGGUUGCUGGGAAUCCAUUCUAGAGUUUAUAGAGGAUCAGCAUGAGUCGUACAUGCGACAGGAUCAACAACCAGAUCGAACAAAGAUUAUUGACAUGCGUAUUCAUGCGUGCUUAUACUUUCUCCGACCAGUACGAAAUGGCUUACGACCUAUGGAUUUGGAGGCUAUGAAGCGUCUGUGCAAACGUGUCAAUUUAAUUCCCGUGAUUGCCAAAUCAGACAUGUACACUAGACGUGAUUUAGCCAUGUACAAGACACGCAUAGCACAAGUGCUUGACUAUCAUCAGGUCAACAUCUAUAAACCAAGUAUAGAUGAAGGAGACCCGGUUUUCCAGCGUCAAAUUCAAGGAAUCAUCAGCGCAAUGCCUUUCGCAAUUGUUAGUAGCGAAGAUGAUAUUCGAACUACUGAUGGCCGCGUUGUUAAAGGUCGAAAGUAUCCAUGGGGUAUCGUCGAGGUUGAAAGUGAAGAACAUUGUGAUUUCAAACAGCUACGAAAUCUUUUGAUUCGAAGCUGUAUGUUAGACCUAAUUCAAAGAACUGAAGACAUUAUUUAUGAGGAAUAUCGACAAGAACAGAUGCAAGUUCGCCAAUACGGGGAGCCAAAAUUAAGGACAAUUGACAAUACCAAGUUUAAGGAGGAGGAAGAAAAUCUCAGAAGAAGGUUCACCGAGCAAGUUCGACAAGAAGAGGCUCGUUUUCGACAAUGGGAACAAAGGUUGAUUGCCGAGCGUGACAACUUAAACAAGGACCUUGAAGCUCAACAUGUUCAAAUAAAACAACUAGAACUUGAAAUUGAACGACUAAAGCUAAACAGUUCUUCCCGUAAACGUUAAUUUCUUUGUGAUCAUCGACAAAUAAUUCUGCAUAUAUACCAUGACUUUUCCAUGCCUUCUUCAAUCGGUUUGAUAGAAUCAAGGUGCUUGUAUUAAACUUUUUCUUCCUUUCCUUCUUUAUUUGUUAUCCAUGGUUAAUUAAGCUUCCUAUUUUUUAAUGAUUUCUACUCUCUUUUUUAUUCAUUGUUCUAAUCUCGAAGUUAGUAAAGACAUGAAAACGGCAGUCCAAGACCAUGCUAUUUCCCUCUCUUCUGUGGUUGCAUCAUGCCAUUAUUUGGAGUUAUAUGUAAUUUAAAUUCCAAUGAAUUCCCGUACCGUUUUUGAGUUCUUUUCUAUCUUUUUCAAGUUAAGUAGUUUGAUAUCUUCCAAGGAAUAGCCCAAACGAGAUAUAUAUUUUUUGCUUUAGACUUCUACCUUGACUUUUUUUACCACUAUAUAAAGACUUUGGAAAAUGCCCAAGAAAGACCCUUACCAAACUGUCGUGACAAAAAUGAUUUAUAUAAACUGAUUAUAAUUUGCUUGAUUUAUGUACAAUUAAUAGAGCCAUUAAUUGAAAAAGGCAUUCAUGUUUUAAAGUGCGUUAAAAAUAGAAGUUACUUUGAAUGCUCAUUGCUUAUUUAAACAUCUACAGGAAUUUCAGCGUUCUGGUUGGGAUUCUUUUCUAUUAAAUAACAAUAAGCUAGGAACAAUUGAAUUCCCUAACGUGUUCCAAUCCAGAAAGACCUUCAGUCAAUCUUUAGGUUAGAAAUAUAGUUUUUUUUGUUGUACGGCCAAAGCUAUAUGUAAAUGGUGAAUUUAGAGCUUUUAUUAUUUGAGUUUAUCUACAAUCAUAAGAUUCCGCUUUAAAUAACUAUUACCGUUCAAAAUGAAACGACUAAACUGAGUAAGGCACUCAGUUGUGCCACACAUAAUUCUGAACACUGCCUUCUUCCAGCACUCAAGUGAGCUAUA